AUCUAAGAAGGUGUUAAAAAACCAGUUUGAUCCUUUUAAGUUUCCACGGGAGACAUAUCUACUGUGCAAACUGCGAUGGGGUGAGAGCGACAGAUCUUGGAUACACUGGGUCAAAAAUUGUCAUGGUGAUUAUUAUCAUGCUGAAGUCUACUUUCUGCAGAAAAUCUUUAGAAUGAAACCAUACAGUAAUGUCAACUGUUCCAUCACCUGGUACCUGUCCUGGAGCCCCUGUGUGAACUGCUGCAAUGAAAUACUGGAUUUCUUAGAGAGGCACGAGAAUGUGAACAUAGACAUUCAUGUAGCACGGCUUUAUUUCAAAGACUCAAAAAGAACCCACAGAGCUCUGAAGGAACUUGCGAGGUCGACGCAAGUAAGCAUUAAUGUCAUGAACAUGGAAGACUAUAAGGACUGUUGGAAAAACUUUAUCCAAGGAGGUGCUGAUGAUGAUUUCUGGACUGUGAACUUUGAGUCAGAGAUAACAAAGAAUUGUUCGAAACUCUGCGACAUCUUAGAGUGCAUAUCUCGGAGGCCCUCUGCAAAGUGUUCUGAAGAAAUUGUGAAGCUUCUAGGUUAUUAUCCACGGUGGAAGAUACAGCCAAAAGACUUCAAAAGAAAUUAUUUGCCUGGCCAACAUCCACAGGUGGUGUACCUGCUCUAUGAAAUCAGGUGGAGAAAUGGUUCCAUCUGGAGGAACUGGUUCUCAAACAAUCGUAACCAACAUGCUGAAGUCAACUUCUUGGAAAAUUGCUUCAGUGAUGUGCCACCAGCUCCUUGUUCCAUCACCUGGUUCCUUUCAACUAGUCCCUGUGGAAAAUGCUCCAGGAGAAUUCUGGAGUUCCUGAGGACACAUCGUAAUGUGACCUUGGAAAUAUACGCAGCCAAGCUGUUCAGGCACCAGGAUAUACGCAACCGGCAAGGUCUCUGCAACCUGGUGAUGAAUGGAGUCACUAUACAUAUCAUGAAUCUUGCAGAUUACAGUUACUGCUGGAAAAGAUUUGUUGCAUACCAACAUGGAGAAGAUGAUUAUUGGCCCCAGAACUUCGCUGCAUACAUCUUUCUGAAUUGGAGAGAGCUUGGUCAUAUCUUUUUGGGUCUUCCUCCAUUGCUGCCAUACUGAAUACUAAUAAGCAUCACCACCAUGCUUUCAAGCUUGUUUUGUGCAUC